AAAUCGGCGAGGGCUCGUUCGGUGUCAUUUUCGAAGGGACGAAUCUGCUUAAUUCAACGACUGUGGCUAUCAAGUUUGAGCCGCGAAAGGCUGAGGCCCCUCAGCUUCGAGAUGAAUGUCGCUCUUACCGUAUCUUAGCCGGCUGUCCUGGCAUACCUCAGAUAUAUCACUUUGGGCAAGAAGGACUUCACAAUAUCCUUGUCAUCGAUCUUCUAGGCCCUAGCUUAGAAGACCUAUUCGAUAUGUGUGGCCGUAAGUUUUCUACCAAGACCGUAUGCAUGGCAGCAAGACAAAUGCUUUCACGAGUUCAAACGAUUCACGAAAAGAACCUUAUAUACCGUGAUAUCAAGCCGGAUAAUUUUCUUAUUGGACGACCUGGUACUAAGGGCGCGAACGUUGUACAUGUCGUUGACUUUGGAAUGGCAAAGCAAUAUCGCGAUCCAAAGACAAAGCAGCAUAUUCCUUACAGAGAAAGGAAGAGUUUGAGUGGGACGGCGCGAUACAUGAGUAUCAAUACUCAUUUGGGGCGUGAACAGUCGCGUAGGGAUGAUCUGGAGGCACUCGGUCAUGUUUUCAUGUAUUUCCUGAGGGGCAGUCUACCGUGGCAGGGUCUCAAAGCCGCUACGAACAAGCAGAAGUACGAAAAAAUCGGAGAAAAGAAGCAAACAACCCCGAUCAGGGAACUAUCCGAGGGAUAUCCCGAGGAGUUUGGCAUCUACUUGAAUUACGUUCGUAAAUUGGGCUUCGAAGAAACGCCCGACUAUGAUUUCUUGCGAGAGUUGUUUGCAAAGGUAAUCAAAAAUAACAAUGAUGUUGAUGAUGGCAUCUUUGAUUGGAACCUGUUGAACGGAGGUAAAGGCUGGGAGGUGUCAGUGGGACAGAGUCAGAUGAUUGCUCAGAUUCAAAACGCAGGUCUAGCUCCCACUCCUCAAGAGCGUCGCAGAGAUGUCGAACGACAACGGGAUGCUGAUUGGCGAAGGGCUUCGCAAACGGGUGCCGGGAUAAUACCGCCUUCACCCGCUCUUGUUCGCCACGGCUCUAAACAGCGCAAAAUCCCCAAUGCGCUAACCCCUGGUGGUGGAAACUCCCCAGGUCAAGCAACUCCACUUUCUGCCGCUGCUCAGCUGAACGUUCCUGCGCCAACCCCACACAAUCGUAUUAGCCAUAUAAGUGCUCAGCAACAUCCAUAUGCAAAUGCAGUUCCGGGGGGCUUAGAUUAUUCACGAGACGUGGUCGAUGAAUCGUUUGGUGGUCAACAGUAUGGUCGUACAUCGCCAAUGGUACCCAAUGUGGGCGCAGUUCCACCGGCGGUCAGCAAUAUCCGAGCACUAGGAAAUGACGCUGGAGUGUCACACGGUGAUGACUAUCAAGGUCAAGACGAGACUCCUCAGCCUAAGCCAAGCAUUUGGAGAAUCCUCACAUGUCGAUGUGGCUGAGAUUCAUUGACAAUCAUUGCUUGCGUUUGUUCUCUUUGCUUCACUCAUGCUUCUAUCAUGGCAUCUUUUCUAUCCACUGCAAUCUUUACUUUUUCAGUCACCAACUUUCAUUUUUUCACUAUACCCUUCUCGCUAGUUUCCCCUAAUCACCACUCUCAUUGGUUUCGCAUGGCGGCUUGCGUAAUGAAUGUGUUCAUAUAACAUUUAUCACAUACACUGGUUUUACUAAACCCCGUACUAUUGAAAACGGUAUAGUUACAUCAGAGUGAUAUAAAUGCAAAGAAAACAGCAACAUAUAUAUGAUGGUAGGGUAUAUCAAGGGGUAUAUGGUAAAGAUAACAUGAUAUUGAUCCAAGAAAAAAAUCCGUCAGGUGUAUUCGUUGGUACAGGCGUUCAGAGCAAAUAUAAAGCAAAAACAACACAGUGAUGGAAAGCCACAGAUAAGGUUUUAAUUAUUGCCAAGGGUUGUGAUCCAAAUCAUCCCUGUUUUUUAUUUGACCAACGGCGGAAGACCCACCAUAGAUUCUGCUGCUGUCAUUGCCCGGCACAGAUGCAUAGGUGUCAGCCAGCGUGACCCGAUCCUGUUCAUAGUCGUCCUCCCAAUCUUGCGGAUUCUUUUCUGGACAUGUAGGUAAAGGGCC